UAUUAAAAUGAGAGGAGUAACCCUACGUAGAUAUCCAGAUGAAAGUUUUCCUAAGAACAUCGACUUCUUUGACUUGAAGGACUUCCCUAUUCCAACAAAUCUUAAGGACAACGAUCUUCUUAUCAAAGUAUGCUACGUCAGCAUCGAUCCUGUCAUGAGAGUAUGGUUUUCUGGAGCCAAGACUUAUAUUGACACUGUGCAUCAAGGACAAAUCAUCCCAGCUUUUGGAUGCGGAGUUGUUGCUGAAUCAAAAAGCAAAAGAUUCAACAAGGGAGAUUUAGUCUUGGGUGCCCUUGAUUGCGCAGAUUACUGUGUUAGAUCAGCUAAUGCAAUAUUCAAAUUGCCAGCAAUCAAAUCAAAGCAUGACCCAAACUUGCCUCUCUUUUUGUCCGUGUAUAUUUUAAUUGUGAUAAUUUAGUUAUGGUGUCACAGGAAUCACUGCUCUCAAAGGAUUGCAUCAAAUUCCCAAGGAAAAUCUGCCUACCAAAGAAUCCAAGAAGACUCUUGUUGUUUCUUCUGCAGCUGGAUCAACAGGAUCAUUUGCUCUAUAAAUAGGAAAAUAUUGGGGCUAUCGAACUGUUGGUAUUGUGAGCAGUAGAGACAAGAAAGACUUCGUACUUUCUCUAGGGGCUGAUGCUUGUGUUUGUUACAAUGACACUUUGGAUUCUAAUGGAAUUGUUGAUACAGAGUACUGUUAUUCAUAAUCUUAAUAGCAAAUUGACAAAAUUGAUUAAGUAAGCAGCUCCUGAAGGAAUCGAUGCUAUGUAUGACAAUUCAGGAGAGGAAGUCUUAGAUGCAGUCUUACCAGCCAUGAAUAAGGGUGCAUUCAUUGUAUUAUGUGGAGCAACUGCUACAUAUUACACUUGGAAGAAUAGAGGAGGAUUGAAAAACUUAGCCCAUUUCAUCACUAAAUAAAUUAAAGCUGAAGGAAUCUUGUACUUCGGUUAAAAGAACGCCAUUAUAGAAUCAUUUAAAGAAAUGAAUGAAUUAGUCACAGGAAAACAUAUUUAGUAAUAUUUCUUACUUAUUUGUAUAGACAUAAAGAAGAAUUCAUAAAUGGAUUAGAGAAUGUGACAAUAGGAUUACAAAAGGUGUUUAUGGGAAAAAACUUAGGAAGAGUUAUUGUGAAACUAGACAAUGAAGUUCCAUUGCCAAAGUUUUGAAGCUUAUUUACAUAACAAAUUUAGAACAUUGGAAAAUUUCCAAAAUAAUAUUCUUAAAACUAAUAAUAAAUUGUUUUGAUCUAACAUUUUCUCACAUCUCAAACCAGC